AUGGAUGUUAUUUUAAUUCUUGCUAUUGUACUUCUUAUUGUAUUUAUUGGAGCUUUAUUUUAUGCUAAAAAACAUCCAACAGAGCAACAACAAAAUAAUCGUGAACCACCUCCAAUUCAACGGCGUCCAAUUGAUGAUAAUCGACCAAGAGCAGCACAAAUUCGUCGUCGUAGACAAUUUAAUCCAGCACAUGGAUAUGAUGCUGGAGCACAAAAUGAUAAUGAUGAUGCAGAUGAUUUUGAUCCAACAACGAUAGAUGAUCCAGUUGACAUUGAUCCUAAAAUGGGUACUAAGAAAAGAUUAAAACUAGAAGCAAAAGCUGAAAAAAAUCGACAACGUGAACAAGAAUUAGUUGAACGUCGUGAAAGAAAAGAACGAGAAGAAAAAUUAGCUGAAGAACGACGUAAAAAAGAAUUAGAAGAAGAACAACGUGAAAAAGAAGAACAAGAAGAAGAACGUCGAAGAAAAGAAGAACGUGAACGUAAAGAAUAUGAAGAAUAUCUUGAAUUAAAAAAAGGAUUUACUAUUGACGAAGAAGGUCAUGAUCAAAAUCCAGAUGAUAUUGAUAAUCAAUCAGCACUUAAUCAAUUUGUUGAAUAUAUUAAAACAGCCAAAUUCAUGUAUCUUGAUGAGUUAGCUGCACAAUUUAAACUUCGAACUCAAGAUGUAAUUGAUCGUUUAAAAUAUCUUCAAGAAACAGGUACUAUAACUGGUUUAUUUGAUGAUCGUGGUAAAUAUAUUUAUUUAACACGUGAUGAAAUGGAACGUGUAACAAAAGCAAUUCGUCAACGUGGUCGAAUAUCAUUUAGUGAUUUAUCAAAAAUAAGUAAUGAACUUAUUGAUUUUAGUGGUACACGAACCGUUAAUGAUAAAUUAUUAGAAACUGAUGAUACAGCAAGUUAA